AUGUCUGCAGGAGAAGAACACGCAACUUUCGUCGUCAUAGGGGGCGGCAUUGCCGGCGUCUCGUGCGCCGAGAUGUUACCUUUCCACAGCUCUGACGAGAAGGUAAUCUUGAUCACAGCAUCUUCUCUCAUCAAGGCCGUCACAAACGUAGUCCCGUACACCAAAAUGUUAUUCGACUUCGACGUGGAAGAAAAGGCAGCAGAGACACUUUCAGAUAAGCAUCCCAACGUUUCCAUCAUCCACGACACGGUCAUAAAACUUGACGCGAUGAACCACAGAGUCUUCACGGAGAACGGUGCGUGCGUGAGUUACAAGAAACUGUGCAUUUGCACAGGAGGCCGACCAAAGCUCAUCACCGAAGGAAACAAAUUCGUGAUCGGCAUCCGUGACGUAGAUUCCGUGAAGGACCUCCAGCGGCGGAUCCAGAAGGCGCGACGCGUCGUGGUGGUGGGGAACGGCGGCAUCGCGACGGAAGUGGUGUACGAGAUAGAAGGCGUGGAGAUGGUGUGGGCCAUAAAAGACAAGCACAUAUCCGCCCCGUACAUAGACCCGGGGGCCGCCCAGUUUCUGCUGUCGAGGCUCGACGAGGGUAAAGGGGAUGCCAAGGCACCCUGCAAGAGGAUGAAGUACACCGUCUCCUCGGAGCAGCAUGCGGGGAAGGGGGCGGCCUUGGGGCCCGACUGGCACGCUAACUACGAUAUGGAAGGAAGUUUCGUCCGGCAGCGAGCUGUCACCGUGGAGUACAACACCGAAGUGACGGCCGUCAGGGAAGGAGAUGCGGAGUGGCCCGUCUACGUCGAGCUGAACAACGGGAAGGUGUACGGCUGCGACUUCGUCAUCUCCGCGACCGGCGUGACGCCGAACGUGGCGGCGCUCGUGCAGGGCAACAGCCUGGAGGUGUCCGCGGACGGGGGGCUGGCGGUGGACGAGAGGCUGGAGACCUCCGCGCCGGACGUGUUCGCGGCCGGGGACGCGUGCACGGCCGCCUGGGAGGCGGCCCCCCACUGGUUCCAGAUGCGGCUGUGGCGCCAGGCCUGGCAGAUGGGCGCCUACGCCGCCAAGACCAUGUCCGCGUCGCUGGCUUCGGAGCCGGUGGUCCAGGACUUCUGCUUCGAGCUGUUCUCCCAUGUGACGCGCUUCUUCGGCCUGAAGGUGGUGCUGUUGGGGCUGUACAACGGCCAGCGGCUGCAGGGGCAGUACGAGGUGCUGCUGCGCGUGACGCCGCGCGAGGAGUACGUUAAGCUGGUGGUGAGGGAGGGCCGGCUGCAGGGCGCCGUGCUGGUGGGCGAGACAGACCUGGAGGAGAUGUGCGAGAACCUCAUCCUCAACCAGAUCGACAUCACGGGCAUCGACAUCCUGGACCCCAGAGUCGACAUCGAGGAUUAUUUUGAUUGAUUGCACGGGACACUCGCAGUUAUAAUGUGUACUGUGGAAAAAAAUGACUAAGUAGUUAAUCAGUUUGUACAAUUAUUACAUGGAUUAUAUGUAUAUUAAAAAAAUGUGAAUUUUCUAA